AAUUGCGACUUGCUUAUAUAUAUACAUAAUAUAUACCCUCUCUAAGGAUACAUAGAUCAGUGUUUAAGGUUUAUUACCAGAUAAUUCAUGUCGAUGGCUUUCAUGACUUCUUUCAAAAGCUGUUUAUUUUUAGUAUUUUUGUUAUUCAUUAUUAGUUCUAUACGUGCUUAUCAAGUUUCUCAUGAUGGAAGAGCUAUUACUAUCAAUGGAGAACGAAGAAUUCUUCUAUCUGGUUCCAUUCAUUACCCUAGGAGUACUGCUGAGAUGUGGCCUGAUUUGAUAAAGAAAUCAAAAGAAGGUGGAUUGGAUGCAAUUGAAACCUAUGUGUUUUGGAAUGCACACGAGCCAUCUCGCCGCGAAUAUGAUUUUUCUGGGAAUUUGGAUCUCAUAAGGUUCUUGAAAACGAUUCAAGAUGAAGGACUUUAUGCUGUUCUUCGUAUUGGACCUUAUGUUUGUGCUGAAUGGAACUAUGGAGGAUUUCCAGUAUGGUUGCACAACAUGCCUGGAAUUGAGCUCCGCACAGCCAACACUGUUUAUAUGAAUGAGAUGCAAAAUUUUACCAAGUUAAUAGUAGACAUGGUGAAACAAGAGAAGCUAUUUGCAUCUCAAGGAGGUCCAAUAAUACUAGCACAGAUUGAGAAUGAAUAUGGAAACGCACAAGCAGCUUAUGGUGAUGCUGGCAAAGCUUAUGUUCACUGGUGUUCUAACAUGGCUCAAUCACUUGAUGUUGGUGUUCCAUGGAUCAUGUGCCAACAGCCUGAUGCUCCCCAACCCAUGAUAAACACUUGUAAUGGUUAUUAUUGUGAUCAAUUUACACCCAACAAUCCCAAUAGCCCAAAGAUGUGGACUGAAAAUUGGACGGGAUGGUUCAAGAAUUGGGGUGGCAAAGAUCCUUUAAGAACAGCUGAGGACCUUGCUUAUUCUGUUGCACGAUUUUAUCAAACUGGUGGAACCUUCCAAAACUAUUAUAUGUAUCACGGCGGGACAAAUUUUGGUAGAACAUCUGGAGGUCCAUAUAUUACAACCACAUACGAUUACAACGCACCACUUGAUGAAUUUGGAAAUUUGGCCCAGCCAAAAUAUGGUCAUCUGAAGGAACUUCAUGAUGUUUUGCAUUCCAUGGAGAAAGUUCUUACUAAUGGCAACGUCACCAAUACUGCUUUUGAAAAUUCUGUUGCGGUCACUAUGUAUGCUUUGGACGGGCAAUCAAGUUGCUUCUUUAGCAAUGCAAAUGAGACCACAGAUGCAACCAUCACAUAUAAAGGUGUCAAAUACCAUGUACCAGCUUGGUCUGUUAGCAUUCUUCCAGAUUGCAAGACUGAAGUUUACAACACAGCCAAGGUCAAUACUCAAACUUCAGUUAUGGUGAAGAAAUCGAACGAAGCUGAAAGUGAACCAGCUUCUCUCCAAUGGUCAUGGAGACCUGAGAGGAUUGAUGACACUAUUAUUCUAGGAAGGGGUCAAUCUUCUGCCAAUGAAUUGCUCGAUCAAAAGGCUGUUAACGAUACUAGUGACUACCUGUGGUACAUGACAAAUGUUGAUAUCAACAAUACUGAUCCAAUCUGGAGUGAUGAUAUGAGCUUACGAGUCAACGGCAGUGGCCACGUCCUUCAUGCUUAUGUCAACGGCAAAUAUCUUGGUUCCAAGUGGGCAACAUAUGGAAUCUACAACUAUGUAUUCGAGAAGAAGGUUAAAUUGAAUCCGGGCAAAAAUCCUAUAGCAUUGCUUAGUGCUACUGUUGGCUUGCAGAACUAUGGACCUCACUUUGAUACAAUCCAAAGUGGAAUCCCUGGUCCAGUUGAAAUAAUUGGAAAGAAAGGUGAUGAGAGUAUCAUUAAGGAUUUGUCUUCCCACAAAUGGUCCUACACGGUAGGUUUGAAUGGUAUUAGCAAUAAGUUGUUUGCUCAAAAUCCAAAGAUUAAGACAGGGAAUUGGUGGAACUCCCAUGAUGUUCCAAUCAAUCGAAGUAUGACAUGGUACAAGACCACGUUCAAAGCUCCACUAGGAAAUGCUCCAGUAGUUGUGGACAUGCAAGGUUUGGGCAAGGGAGCUGCAUGGGUUAAUGGUCAAAGUAUAGGUCGUUAUUGGCCUAGCUACUUGGCUGAGGGAAGUUGCUCUACUAAAACAUGUGAUUAUCGUGGUCCAUAUUCUGCUGACAAAUGUACUUCCAAAUGCGGCGAGCCUACACAAAGAUGGUACCACGUUCCACGAUCGUUCUUGUCUACUGAUGAGAAUACAUUGGUUUUGUUUGAAGAAUUCGGUGGGAAUCCAUCGUUUGUGAAUUUCCAAACAGUUGAAGUUGGAAAGGCAUGUGGAAGUGCUUAUGAGAACAAAACAAUGGAAUUGUCAUGCAAUGGUCGUCCGAUAACUGCCAUUCGUUUUGCCAAUUUUGGUGAAUCAGAAGGAAUUUGUGGGUCAUUUGCCAAGGGCAAAUGUUCAAGUGUGAAAGAUGUUGUUUCUAUUGUCCAGAAAGCAUGUGUUGGCAAGGAGACAUGUUUAGUGCACGCAUCUGACAGUGUGUUGGGAUCAACAAAUUGUGGCAAUAAUGCCAAGAGACUCCUUGUGGAGGCUGUGUGCUAGACUUACUUACAAUUACACAGUCACAUAGCAAUUUAGCAAUUGUUGAUAAUGUCGUUACAUUCUAGUUUUUCUCUCUAGUAUUCUGCAAGUAUUGUUGAUAAUGUCGCUACAUUCUAGUUUUUCUCUUUAAGUAUUCUGCAAGUAUUAUUGAUAA